UCUACUUUGGCAAACAUACGAGACUCCCAAAAGAAAAAAAAAAUCCCCCUAGUGGCAGCUCCGGCGGCUGGGUGUAGCAGCACGGUGAAGAGGAGGCUGUGUUUGGAUUAGGGGGGUUGGGCUGCCUGCUGGUAGGAAACCUGCCGCCAGACAUCCAGUUUGUCUCCGGCCGUGCAGCGUUGCUUUCCCGCAGCAUCAGCAGCAGCGACGCCGCAGCGCAACCUCCAGCCUCCUCACCUGCUCCUCAUCUACGCUCCCCUCCGCCUCCGUCCAGACACAAACACUGCCGCAGCACAGAGCAAACGGACGGACAAGGACGAUCACCUGAGCAGUCUUCAGGGAAAUAAGGGAAUAUAGAAGGGCGGUGAAAAAUGGUGAAACUGGGGAGUAAUCUUCAAGACAAAGGGGCCAAACCUGUGAGCGUGGAGGACGGCUUUCAGAAUGUGCCCCUCAUCACUCCACUGGAUGUUGGCAGCCUCCAGAGUCAAGCACCUGACAAGGUGGUGGUGAAAACUCGCACGGAGUACCAGACAGAGAAGAAGAGGCUGAAGGUUCCCAAGGUGGAAGAGUUCACCAUCAGCUUUACUGACGGGGUGUCUGAGAGACUGAAGGUGACAAUUCUGAUCAUCCUGGCCCUGGCCUUUCUUGCCUGCAUUGUGUUCCUGGUGGUUUAUAAAGCCUUCACCUACGACCACGCCUGCCCAGAUGGAUUCAUUUAUAAGCACAAGCGGUGUAUCCCAGCCUCUCUGGAGGCCUAUUACGCUGCCCAGGACGCCAACUCGAGGGGCCGUUUCUACACAGUGAUCAGCCACUACAGCAUGGCCAAGCAGACCACCUCGCACUCUGUCUCCCCCUGGCUGCCCGGAGGAGCGGGAGGACAGCAGCACGACGCUAAACCCCCAAACGGCGAGGGCCACUGAGUAGGCUGAACGGUUAAAAGGGUGUCGUCGACACAUACAGACAGACACAGACAUGAAGAAAUACAGACACAGGCAGAUUUAGACACACACACACACACACACACACACACACAAGUAGGCAAAUAUUUAGAAAACAUAGACGAAAAGAGACGCACAUAAACACAACAGCUACAUAUAUAAUGCCAAUGUAGAGUGAAGAUGUGCAUGCAGACAUAAACCCACACAAAACACAUGCUAGGUCGUAUUCUGAUUUACCUUGACUGCCCAUUUAUGUGCUCUCUCUCUUAUCGAGGGGCAUUUCCCAUUGAACCUUGGCUCUCUUGGGAUUAUCAUCGUCUGAACACUCACACACACGAACACACGCACACACGGUCUGCUCUCGUUACCAUGUCUACUCCCUCCCUAAUUUAUUAUUUAUUGACUGUCAUGAUAUAUUUAUUUUUUACUUUAACGUAUGGAUGAUUUGUAUGUCAACUCUUUGUACAAAGGCACGAGUCAGUGCUAAAUUUCAAGCUUCGUGUUCGUGAGCUUGUUCUUUCUUUCACUUGUACUUGGGGUUUAUUCAUUCACAGCCUCUUUUCUUUCCUGCCUUUUCUGUCCAAACUGUGUAACCUCAGGCACAUCCGUCAAAACGCCACACGCCCACAGAUCACUUCAUAUUCUGGUACAAAAAAGUGUCAGUAUGGUCUUGUGUUGCUGUAACACAUUUUUAAAUUAAAAAAAAUAAAUAAAAAAAAUUCAGCUGUACCAUCUGAGGAAGGUUUGAUGCCAAUGUCCACACCCACAAGACAUCCUGAGUUGAUUGAAUGAAUUUUUCCAUCAUGGCUGUUUGAUAGCUCAUAUUCAGUGACAUUUCAAUGUGCUGUGCUAUACAUUUUAAAUCCUGAAAUCCCCCCCCAGUGACCCAAGCUGUACAUACAACUGUGUGUUCAGGCUAGUUUUUGUGAGUGUAUGCAUCGUAGUAGCUUUUAUUAGGAGGAUUUUUUUUUCUUUCUUUCUUUUUUUUUAAGAUUUCUCCAUGGAAGUCACUUACAUAUUGCUUCAGCGGCCAGUCUUGUAGCUCCAUUGAACACGAUGUUGUAGAUGGGAAAGGAAAUAUGCAUAUCACCGUCUCUUGCCAAAACUCUUUAUGUUCUGCUGUGCUUUGUUAUGUUUAUAGAUGGGCUUCAACUGCGGUCAAGUUUUGUUCCUCUACUGUUAUUUUUCAUUUUGUAACGUUGGAUCUGUUGUCCAGAGCGCUUUUAUGAGAUAUCGUGAUGUUGUUAGUUGAUAUGUAGAGAUACUUGAUGUAAUUUAUCAGUGUGCAUCCUUGUCCCUCUUCUCUUGGUUUGAAUUCAAAAUAAAACAAGCUGUGACCUGU